ACGAAGAGAAGUGGUGUCUUCAACGAUAGUCGGAAAUGUCAGAAGACCAUAGGCAAGGUGUUUAAACAGCAAAUGGGAUGCAAAAUGCCUUCCAUGAUAACCCAAUGCCGAUAUAUAGCGGCAUAUAUAUUCAUAGUUUUUCCACUCAAAUGACAAUAAUUUGUGUUACUUAAAAAGCACGGACACCAGCCAAGUCCGAGCACGGGGUGGGAAAUUUACGAGGCGCCCUUGAAAGCAACCCGGGUUAUCACCACCAUCACAGCCAGUCUCUGUCAUCCUCCACCAAGGUGUCACUUUAGGCAGCUAACUACCUGUUUUACGCCGCGCUUAAUAGAACCAUUUUGAUACAUAUUCCCGCCUGACACCUCGAGGUCUUUGGUGCCAUGAAGGGAAUCAGGUUUUUCGUGGUUUUCUUGGUGCUUUCCGCGUCUUUGCUGUGCACAGCCGAAGCGGGCAGGAGCCGGACCAGCAACCAGAACAGCUUCCGACGGGCAGCUAACGGCAUCUACCAGACUCUGAGCAGUGUUUUCGGAGAGGACAACAUCAGAGGGUUAUACAAGUUUUUCUCCAAAACAACAGAGCGGUUUGUCCAUGGAGUGGACUCUUUUCUGGACACCAUCUGGAAGAUCUGGUCAGAUCUGCUUGAUGUGAUGGGCAUUGACUCCUCAAACCUCAGCCACUACUUCAGCCCCACAUCUCUCACCAGCUCUCCAGCACGCGCCCUGCUCCUGGUUGCCGCUGUACUCCUGGCCUACUGGUUCCUCUCUAUGUUCUUGGGGGGUUUCUUCUACCUGCUGCACGCUGUAUUUGGCCGCUUCUUCUGGCUAGCUCGCGUCACGCUCUUCGCCCUGUCCUGCCUCUACAUCCUGCAGAAGUUCGAGGGCGACCCUGAGCGCGCGGUGCUGCCACUGUGCUUCAUCAUGGCUGUAUAUUUCAUGACUGGGCCUGUGGGAGCGUACUGGCGUCGGGGGGGCGGGGCAGGUUCACUGGAAGAGAAAAUCGACCACUUGGACACUCAGAUCAGGCUGCUUAACAUCAGGCUGAGUCGUGUCAUAGACAGCCUGGAACGCACUGGGGAUCAGUAGACUUAGGUGGCAGCGAGGAUGAGGAUGAGGGGGAGGGAGGGGAUAUUGUAGAAAUGGCUGCAUUUGAUAUCAGAAUGCUGUUUACUGCAAACAUCUGCAGCAACACAACUACUGGGUAUUUACAACUCUAUUGUCAGAUGGGGGACGAAACUAGAUCUGAACACAGUAUUUUAACGGCUUGAGUUGAUUAUAUUCACAAGGUAUGUAAAAAUCCUCAGAGGUGUGGACAAAUAACUUGGAGCUCACGCAAAUCAACCAAACAGGUUUUUUUUUUUGUUUGUUUGUUUGUUUUGUUUUUGUUUUUGUUUUUGUCUCAGUGCUUUGAAAGGUUGGUGCUACAUCUGUAAGGAGGUUAUCAGAGAGAUGUCCAUGGUUUUUCUAAAUGCUGGCCUAAUUCUACACCUCAGCUACUUUUUGAGAAACUCCAAAGUUGGAGUUUGAAUUUUUGGUGUUUGGAGAAGAAUUGUCAAUGCCUGUGCUUAAUGAAAAAGCAUAUUUUAUGUAUGUGUGUUUGUUUUUAUUCUUGUUAAUAACCUGGGGGUUACGAUUCUUAAACAGGUUCAUCCCCAAACAUUUUUUCGCCUUUUGGAAACUAUUGAAGUAGGAGAGGGGUAGGGUGUAUGAUGCAGGGGACAAAAACAAAUAUUGUAUUUCUAACAUGUAAAAAUCCUCAAGGUGUUGGGUGGUUGUCCAUAGUACAAUUUAUUUAUUCCAUUGCUAUCCAACAUGUUGAAACUAUGUAGAUCUAAUUUGUUUCAUUAAGUCACAGUUCCAUAGUGACAUCAGGACCUCCUUUUCUUUUGUGAAUGUGUGUGUGCGUGGGUGUAUGAUCAAACGCAUCUGGGCGACGGACUUGAGUUUGUGCGUGUGCGUCAGGCUUGUGAAAUGGAAAAGCACUGUAUUAGAAAGUAACCAUCAGACUGGGAGAAAAUGCAGACAGACAGCAAUAUCUCAGGGACUCAACCAACACAUAUAUCGAAUUGGAAAUGAGGCAUUAAGCAUAUUAAAAUAAUGUAUGGUCUCUUUGAGUUACUUGACAGUUUUUCAGAUAUGGUUUCAAAUCUGUCAGUAUUUUUACAAUACUUGAUUCAUAUCUGAUGUCAAAACCAAAUCAAUCUUUUCAUUGAUAAUUUCAGUACUGGCAUCGAAUUACUGUACAGAUUUGAACUGUAGCUCGUGGCUCUAAAGUUUAAAUUGGGAAAUAACCUUUUUAAUAUUUAAAUGUGUGAAUGCACAAAAAGAUUAAUUGCAAAAGUGUUCUAGAAAAAAUUACUUAGGUCGUUUUGAGUCCCUUCACACUGGCUUGAAAUCAAAAUUUAUCUUGGAGUUUUAGUCGGGUAUAAAUGGGAUCAAUUUCUUAAUUUGGUUACAGAUUUAAUUUAAAGAUGGAUCUACGAGCAGCCUGAUUAAUUCACACAGUAUGUCAUUCUGUUAUAAACAGUGCUUUAGACACAUGCUUGGUGUCCAUUACUGUAGCCAUCAGUUAGUUUGAAAGGUGGUUUUUUUUUUAUAUCUUUAUUAUUUCUGACGUUAAUUUUUUAUAUUUCUCAUGUAUUGUCAUAAGA